UGUUAAAGAGGUUAAAAAUGACGCAGUGAUAUAAGUGUCUAAAAAAAAAUCUUCCAUGAAAAAGUUUUGAAGAGGAAUUAUGACCACAGUGGGAAAUAUAGGUGCGUGUGCAAAGUAACAUUGGUUGGAUUUCUUUAGCUGUUGCUACAUUGAUAACUAUUAUCUUAAUUGUUAUUCCAACAGAAACGAAACAAGAAAUUACAUCAAUAUCUCAAACGGAACAAAAAGACUACACUUUCUUCUAUAAAAGUAUAUUCUUAACGUUUUUAAUAAUUUCAACCGUAUUAUCCUUAAUUUGUUUAUUUAUUUUCCAUUGUAUUGAUCCAAUUCGUCCAAAACUAUUAAAAUCCUUUUAAACAAAAAUGAAUUCGUCCUUAAUAAAAAAAGCGCUUUUUCAAUGCCGAUCAAUUUACAGCACAUCAAAGCUAAAAAAAUUAAUCCAUAUAAAAGACGACAACGAUUUCCAUUUAAAAGUUUUACAUUCAGAAAAUCCUGUAAUUGUAAAUUUUCACGCGGAAUGGUGCGAACCUUGCCAUAUUCUCACACCAAAAUUAACUGAAUUAUUAGAAAACAUGGAAAACGUUGAUUUAGCGACGGUCGAUGUCGAAAAUUACACCGAAUUAGCGGAUACUUUUGAGGUAAAAGCCGUUCCUGCAGUUGUUGCCAUUAAAAACGGAUUAAUCGUCGAUAAAUUUAUUGGAUUGGUCGACGCCAAUAUGAUUGAAAAUAUGAUUAAUAGGUUGAAUAAAAAAAAGUAAUGUUAUUUCGAAUUUAGUGCGUUAAUAAAUUAUUUUU